AUGGCGCCGGGACAGGAGGUGACACCGCUGGGGACAGGAGGGGACAGGAGGUGGCACCGCUGGGGACAGGGGGAGGCCGCAAAGGCAGGAACGGGAGAGACGCGGGAAAUCGGGAAUUGUCGGGGAAUUGUCGGGAAUUUAUCCGGGAAUUAUUGGGAAUUUAUUCGGGAAUUGUCGGGAAUUUAUCCGGGAAUUUAUUCGGGAAUUGUUCGGGAAAUCGGGAAUUGUCGGGGGAUUGAUUCGGGAAUUGUCGGGAAUUUAUCCGGGAAUUAUUGGGAAUUUAUCCGGGAAUUGUCGGGAAUUUAUCCGGGAAUUUAUUCGGGAAUUGUUCGGGAAAUCGGGAAUUGUCGGGGGAUUUAUUCGGGAAUUGUCGGAAAUUAUUCGGGAAUUGUCGGGAAUUUAUCCGGGAAUUUAUCCGGGAAUUUAUUCGGGAAUUGUUCGGAAAAUCGGGAAUUAUCGGGGGAUUUAUUCGGGAAUUGUCGGGAAUUUAUCCGGGAAUUGUCGGGGAAUUUAUUCGGGAAUUGUCGGGAAUUUAUCCGGGAAUUUAUUCGGGAAUUGUUCGGGAAAUCGGGAAUUAUCGGGGGAUUUAUUCGGGAAUUGUCGGGAAUUUAUCCGGGAAAUCGGGAAUUGUCGGGGAAUUUAUUCCUGACGUUUUUCGGGGAUUACUCGGGAAAUUCAGGAAUUAUUCGGGAAUUUUUCGGGAGUUAUUCGUGAUUUUUUUUCGGGAAUUUAUCCGGGAAUUUAUUCGGGAAUUAAUUCGGGAAUUACUCGGGAAAUUCGGGAAUUCUUUGGGAAUUAUUCGGGAAUUACCCGGGAAUUAUUAGUGAUUUUUUUCGGGAAUUUUUUCGGGAAUUAUUCGGGAAAUCGGGAAUUGUCGGGGAAUUUAUUCCUGACAUUUUUCGGGAAUUCUUUGGGAAUUAUUCGUGAUUUUUUUCGGGAAUUUUUUCGGGAAUUGUUUGGGAAAUCGGGAAUUUAUUCGGGGAUUCUUUGGGAAUUACUCGGGAAUUAUUCAGGAGUUUAUUCGGGAAUUAUUUGGGAAUUAUUUGGGAACAAUUCGGGAAUUAUUCGGGAAUUGUUCGGGAAUGGGAACAACACAAGGGCGGGGCCGGGGAGGAACCGGAAAUUCGGGAAUUUGGGAAUUCGGGAACAACGCAAAGGGCGGGGCCGGGAAAUUCGGGGCCACGGAGCGACCUUGGAAUGUCGGGGAGGGGCCCGGGAAUUUGGGGAAUUAUCCGGGA